AACUUGGCUGGUUUUAACUCUCCAACAAAGUAUCUUAACAGUUUUCUAUUUGUUGCCCUUAAUAGCUAUUACCUGUUUUUUUUUCUUUCUUUAAAUAGUGGAAUGAGGUCGAAACAUUGCAGUGCAUGUAACAAGUGUGUUGGUGAUUUUGACCACCACUGCAAAUGGUUGAACAACUGUGUUGGAGGAAGAAAUUACAAAGUCUUCCUCUUCUGUGUUGGCUCCGGAUUAGUAGGAAGCCUUAUAGUGUUGGUAUUGUGUUUGGUUUUAACAGUGGCGUACUUUGAUGAAUACAGUUGGAUCAAUAAUACUGAACCCUCGAACGGGUCUAGCAGUAACUCUGACUUUCAACCAGUCUCUACCAUGCCCACAAGUUUUAUUCCCUCAAACUCUACAUUUUAUUCCACUAACAUCACUUCAGGAUACACGUUUUAUGUGUUCGUUCCUGUGGAGAAAAACGUGUGGUUAGCUGUAGUCAUUUGUAGUGAAGCCCUGGCUCUUCUUGCUGUUGGCCUUCUAGGUCAUCUUUUGGCAUUUCACGCCUACUUGUUUUACCGUGGUCUUUCUACGUACGACUAUAUUACUCAGAGAAGAGACAAACCUGGCAUGCAGGAUCAACAUGUUGUUUCCCAUUCAGAAGUUUUCAAUUCUACCGUGAUGUUGAAGAAUUGUCCACAGUGCUUCAAGCACUUUCUGCCAAAAAAGGGUAAUCAUAUAACACAAAGGCAAGAAAAUGGUGCCAAAGAAACCAUUGAAAACGGCAACUUAACGCUGUACAAGAAAAUAUCAGUGUCGAGUAGAAAUACUGUGAAUCAAAGUAAUAUGGAGAACGGGAGAGCAACGGCAAACAGUGAUGUGAACAGUACCAAAAAAACUUUGGGAAAUUUGUAUAACGGAACUACUCACCAGGGAUAUGAAUUUAUGGACGAAGGUUCGAAGCAAUUGAAGAAAAGUCACAUAAAACAUUAUACUCGAACAGUCUCCUCUGGUUGUGAAGAUCUAAAGAAACCUCUCGAGUUGGAAGAAAACCAAGAAGCCGCUGACUUGGGCCCUGGUAGGAAGUACUUCUGUUCCAUGUCUUCGCCAGGGUUGUUGCCUCCUAUUUUGGAGGUUGAAAGUGGGUGCAGUCCCAUACGCUUGUCUGCAUCAAAUCGUUCUAUCUCACAACAGUCGCUGCAUUCUUCUGACAGUAAUGAGGAUUCCUUUCUGUCCCAUGAGAUGUUUAAGAACAAUGGAGACUUGCCAGCUCAUGGUAGCCUCAGUAAUCUGUUUGUUAGUUGUUCUGAAGAUCCAGAAAGUUCAGGUACUCCCAGACUGGAUGAACUGAAUGAGGUGAGGGAAGUGUGUUUUACCCAAAGCCCUAUUUCCAGUAUGAAAAACAUUUUGACUCAUUCGGGUAACAGGGGUGCGGAACAGUGGGAAGUUCGAACACCCUUUGGUGUAGAUGACAGUAUGAAAUUGAGAUUGAACAAUGAAAGUUUUCAGGACAGCCAAAGAUUGGUGGGGUGGAACUCAAACGAUGAGCUAAUAACGCCCAGUCAAAAUGAGACUGCAUUUCAUUGCAGAUACUCAGACUUCCACGAUCAGUGGGAUGCGUCUCAAGACAACAACUCCUUGUGUGGAAAAUCCAAAGGACUUUCAUUGAGUGCCGUAUCAAAACCUAGUUUAGUUACAGAUGAAAAACAUAAGCAGUCUUACGCGUUACCAAAAGUGGCUUUUGUUCAGAAAAAGGAAGAUUUACAUAUUGCUACAAAAUCUCAAGAAAGUGACAGAAAAUCUGUACCAGUUGAAAAGAAGGUUUCAAGUGAAACACUCUAAUCUAAUCUCGUUGGUAUAAGAAGUGAUAAAUAAAAAGCUUUUUUAGAUUUUAGUAGCUGUUUGCAAUAUUUACUCUCACUUAGGAGUGAAACAAAGAUAAGAAAUUCAAUGGCAGGUUGAUUCUGAAGUCGAUUAUAAGCUAGUGAUUCUCAGUAUAUUCCACGCUGAGGUUUUGCAGUCGAUAUAGCGUUUUGCGUACUAAGGUAAAUGAGAAUAAUGUAUCUAUCGAUGCACCAUCUUAUUAGUUUUUUAAUGCUGGCUGAAGGAUUGAAACCAUGUUUAAAAAAAAAGAUGACACCUUCAGAGAAAUAUUUAAUUUACACGAGGUUUUGGCUUGUGCCUCUUUUUCGAGGGUUAAGCAUCACAGGUUCCAAAACUGAUUUCAAAUUAUAGUAACUGAAGAGAAUAUAAGACUACAACGGUAUAAUAAGAAUGGUUCCCAGUGAUGCUUGCGAAAAGUAUUGUUGAACAAGAUAGACUUGGUGAUUACAGUAACAAAUGUAAAUAAUUGAAUAAAAAUAACGUGAAAAAUAAAUCAUGUGUGGAAUAAUAGUAGUUUUACAGGAGCCAGAUGUUGUAUCUGUUAACAGAAGGGUGUUUGGAUUGAAUCAGAAGAGAUUCCUGUGGUUCUCGACGACUUUCGAAAAAGGUGUAAGCCAAAAUGUCAGGUAAAAUAAAAAAUGUUCUGGAGUUAGUCACUUCUUGAAUGUUAACAUAUUAAUUAAGAAAACUAUGGCACUUGAAUAAUUGGUGAACAUAUUUUUUCUGUAAAAUGUAUAUUGUAAGCCGAGUUUCCUUCAUGGUCAAAAAAAUUAGACGAAUGGAGGAUAGAUGUAUUUGAAUUAAUGAGAUUUUGUUUUUAGAAGUUUUGUUUAGGCUAUUUAUAUAUGUUUCGUGAGUUUGAUUGAUUGAAAUGUGUGUAAAAGAUGUCAAGUUUUAAUUAAUUAUGAACAAAUCUUUUUUAAGAAGAAAUGGACAUACUUCUCACAUGGUUAAAACUGUUUGGUUUCUCAAAAAAAGUUUCUGAUUUUCAAAUUUACGUGUAGGUUUUUGUUUACAGGGAUGUAAAAUUAUUCACUGUUUAAGAGUUUUUUUUCAGUUAAUAUGGGGGAUUAAUCGGUAGGUAUUUUGGUUAUGUAUGAUGUUGAAUGUAAUGUUAUUUUGUGCAGUGUACAGCUACAAGUCUUAGCACUUUCAUUGUGUGAGUUUAUUAUUGUAUUUAAAACUGUAUUAAUACUUCCAACAAGGUUUAGUAAAUGGAAUAUUCUUUAAAUAUCCUUCUAAUUUUGGUCAAAAUGUGUAUUUAUUUGAAUUUUUCAUGGUUUCACUUUUUUGUGACACAAUUUGUUGUUAAGCAAAAUUUCAGGCUUCAGUUUCUUUUUCUCUUAAAAAUUGGAUUGUUCUUUCCGACAUAUUUUUCAUCUAUCAGAUCAAACUUUAUCUCUUUCUUAAUAAGUUAUUUUUACUUAAACCUUUCUAAAUUUUGUAUUGUUGCAAUCUCAACAACACUAGCUUUGUAUAUUACCUUAAUCUAAAUUAUAGGCUUAGCUCUAACGACAACAUUGAAUAUUAGGCUUAACAGUCGGCACCAGCUGUUAAGGAAAGUAAAUAAUGCAUUUAUUAGUUUUUUAAAUAAUCUGUACUUGAGCUAUUGUUAUACACUAAACAUGGCUGUUGUCUAGAGCUGUCUUACUAACUUGUCAUUGUGGUGGUUUGGUUUUUAUGACCAGUAAAUUACCUGGCAAUUAUUUAAGAGCUGGACACACAUAAAUGUUCCUUGAAUUUAUUCAGAAGUUUUUGUCUAAUGAAACCUGUUAUUUAUCAAAGCAUAAAAUGAAUACAUUUUAUGAAACUCAGAAAAAAAAAUGUAGAAAUACUACUUCAGACAGUUAAUGAUAAAUGACCAUUGUAACCUAAACUUAAUGACCAUUGUUUUAAUAUUAUACUACCAGUAUUACAGUCUUCAAAGAUUUUGUAUAUAGAAUGUUUUUUAUUAAAUCAUUUUACUUCACAGCCAUAUUUUAUCAGAAGAGAAUGUAAAUAGUGUGAUAUGUAUUACUUAACGGACCUUCAUUGUAGCUGCAACAAAUUUACUUAACCGAUGAAAAGAUUCACUAUCUUCAAUGCUAUUUGAUGUUGGCCUUUGAUCUAGUUUAAUAGUGGGGUUGGGGGGAUUGAUUUUCAAAUAAUAACUUUGUUAUUUGUUAACUAGUGAAGUAAAUGGGAAACCAACUGUUACCCUCUCCGAUAUAACCUGAUGGUGAAGUUUACUUACUUUUUUUUCACAUUUUCUGGGAUGUUUCUUGAGCCCAGCAGAAUUUCUAUAUUGUUUGUUUUUCCUGUGAUUGUAAAUACCUUCCUGUUAUUACCAACACAUUAAACUAAUUUAUUUGCAAAUAUGUUAUUAUUUGCUGUGUGAUUGAUGGAAUGUGAUUUUUUUGUAUGUAUAGAAAUGGAACGAUUGUAAGGUCUGUAGUGAAGUUUCUAGCUAUGCACACACACACACACUGUAUGUCAUAAAACCCAACGUACUUAUUUUGUUCUGUAGAACAGUUGUUUUCAGUUAAUAAGUAAAGUUUAUAUUUAAAAAAACUGUUGAUUGGUAUAUGGAAAUCUGUAUUUUCUUCUUAACAACUACUAACGAGAAAUGAUGAGUCAAGGUAUAGAACCAAACGUCCCAAGUACAAAGAAAGUUACUUCUUAAAUUUGAAAAACAGUUUUUAAAUCAGGGGCUUUUGAGUUGAUCUUACAUGUACAGGUAGUUCCAUGUUAUUGAUCGCUAACAUCAGGUGUCAGUCAUGCCGUGUUUCAUAGAAAAGAACAUGAAUCAGGUUUGUUAGAUUGUACUGUUACAUAAUCAUUCCUGUUACUGUAGUUGAUAUGAAACAGGUUUCAGUUAGAUUGUACUGUUACAUAAUCAUUCCUUUACUGUAGUUGAUAUGAAACAACAUGAAGCAGGUUUCAGUUAGAUUGUACUGUUACUGUAGUUGAUAUGAAACAAAACGAAUCAGGUUUCAGUUAGAUUGUAAUGUUACAUAAUCAUUCCUGUCACUGUAGUUGAUAUGAAACAACACAAAUCAGGUUUCAGUUAUUAUGUACCUCCAAACUCAAAUAGCAGAUAUUCUGAUUGUAAUGAGUUUAUUGUUUCAAAUACAUUCUGGCAUCAAGAAAUAAAGUUAAGUAAUUUUCACCAGUGA